AAACGGAAGCUUAAAGAUUGCCAUUUUAUUCGUUUUCAAAGAACACACUUGUGCAUGAUUAUUACUACGAUCCAUUUCCGUUCUUUUGUUAAGUACUCCCUUUAUUUGUAUCUCCUUUCCUGUCUACCACCUUAUAUAGGGUUUAACAAAAGAGGGCAAUUCAACUUACAAUAUCUUACUUCAUAAGAAGUUGAAAUCUCAAAAGGAAGUUGUACAAUGAAAAGAUAGCUGUCACUCCACGAGAUCCAAAGCUUGACUUUCUGCUGUCCAUCACAAAAAUCGAUCCACAUGCACUGAAUUCUGCAAAACAAAAAAACGUACGUUUGAACAAGAGUUCGAGGACACACAACACUGUGGGCACGGAAAAUAGAAUUAGGAGGUGUAUUGCAGCUGAUGUACUAUAGAGCUACUUGCUCUUUCCUUUGGAUCGUGAAAGGUAUUAAAGAGAAGGAUAAGAUAAAGUAGAAGAGAGAAGUAGUAGUCCUAAUAUUUGUAAAUGGCCUCAUCUUCAUCACCUUCAUUAUCAUCCUACUCACCAUGUGCAGCAUGUAAAUUCCUUCGUCGGAAAUGCCAACCAGAAUGUGUGUUUGCACCUUACUUCCCCCCUGAUCAACCCCAGAAAUUUGCAAAUGUUCACAAAAUCUUUGGGGCCAGCAAUGUCACGAAGCUACUGAAUGAGUUGCAGCCUCACCAAAGGGAAGACGCCGUCAACUCUCUUGCUUACGAGGCGGACAUGCGCCUCCGAGAUCCUGUAUACGGUUGCGUUGGUGUCAUCUCCCUUCUCCAACACCAGCUCCGACAGCUCCAGCUAGACCUUAGCUGUGCCAAGUCCGAACUGUCCAAGUAUCAAAAUUUAGGAGGCAUUGCUAGUACCAAUAAUCAUGGCCUAUUGGCAGCUCCACAUCAGCAUAAUUUGGGGUUCAAUUUUAUAGGAGGAGGAAGUGGUGGGAGGGAUCAUAACCAACUCUUGUAUCACCAUCAGUUUUUUCCUAAAGAUCAGCAGCAAGAGCAACAGCAACAACAGCAGCAGAUAAUCCGAGGACUUGAAGGAGGAAGUAACAACUUUGAUACAACUAGAGGUGGAUUUAAAAUUUAAUCUUGAUUGUCUCAACUCAUUAAAUACACUGCAUAAAAUUAUGAUUUUAAUAUUUACUAAAAAAAUUCCACAUAUAUUACGUGAGUCGUGAGAGAGGUCGCAUCUGCCUCUGGACUGCUAGCAGUCCUUUUAGCAUACAAAAUGAAAGAUCAACAUUACUAAAUAAGUAGGCAAUACUAGCCAGCACAUGCAGUACCACCAGUGUAAUUAUGAAGUAUUACAUGCAUUUAUACUCGAUAUGAUUAUAUUA